AUGGGAAGAAACGACUACGAGUUCUUGGAGGUCCUAGGACGGGGAGCAAGUGGAGUCUGCAGGAAGAUCAAGGACAAACAAGGACAUAUCUUUGUUAUCAAACAGAUCGACCUGUCGUUUGUAGCGCAGGAGGAGCUUGACAGUGCAAUCAGCGAGUCCGGGUUGUUGUCCUCGCUCUCUCACCCGAACGUCAUCAAGUUCUACGAAGAUUACAUCGACGACGAGAUGCUCCACAUUGUGAUGGAGUACGCGCCCUACGGAACUCUGAAACAAAACUUGAGCACGAUGCCCGCUGCUCUACCCGAGGAGAAUGCGAUGUGGAUCUUCCAGAACAUCAUCAACGGCCUCACAUACCUCCACCAAAAGAAGAUCUUGCACAGAGAUCUCAAGUCUGACAACAUCUUCAUCGGCGAGCAACACAUACCAAAACUCGGAGACUUUGGGGUAGCAAAGAGGCUCAACACAGCUCAGCCAAUGGCAGUCUCUGUGGUAGGAACCCCGCUGUACCUGUCGCCUGAGCUUUGCAAUGGUCAACCCUACGACGCCAAGUCUGACGUAUGGGCGUGUGGAGUUUUGCUGUACGAGAUCUGCUCCCAAGGGAGGCUUCCCUUCCAUGCUGGCAACCACGGGGCAGUGAUCAAGAAGAUUCUUAUGGGGGAGUAUGCGCCGUUGCCGAGCCGUUACAGCGCGUUUGUUCAAGACCUGCUGGGGUCGUGCUUGAGACAAGUCAGAAUCGUCGUCUGCUGUGCAUGUUGGCUGACCCUCCCUGCGCAGAAUCCAACGGAGCGACCGUCGACAGAGCAGAUGAUGAGUCAGCUUGUCAACCACACGGGGACAACAACAGAAUCCUCGGCAAAGAGUCAGGUGAGGAAGCAAACUGAGCCUUGUCGCUCGCUGACUGCCUGGUAG